GAGACAAGAUUAUCCUCAAGGCAGAUGGGGAACUGAGACAGACUUCAAGAUUGAGUCCUGGAAGAAGGAAUUAUGCACACUGCUGUUCACUCGCAGGUAUGCAUGCACACAAACACGCAAUCACUGCAAGAUAACUGAACACUGGUGUUAAUUGCUGAAUGAAUUUCAACCAGGAAACAUGUCAAUAAAGGCAGAGCUAAGAAAGCCUGGGAAAGAAGAAGGAAGGAAGGGAUGAAGAGGGAUUAAAACUGAUAUCCUCCCUACACAGGGCGGAGACGCACACAUGUAGAAAGCCUCCAGAUUACAAUGGACAACAGGAUGAAGCAGCAACACUUCACACUUCUUUACUAGAGGUAAACUACUUUGGAUGGCCAGCAAACAAGGUUUCACCUGAAUGGAGGCCCGUGAACCAACGGUUGAUAUCAAUUUGACCAAUUUCCUGCUGUGACAUGUCGACGACGGAAGCUUUCUGAUUGGAUGGAAGAGGUGUGAUGUCAUCUGUCAUGGACGAGACAGCCGGGGAUCUCCCAGUCAGAGAUGUGGGACUGAUGAGGGGUGGGCUCAUGCCAACUGUCCCAGAUACUCUUCGUGACGUGAAGCCAUGGAAGAAGCAUCAUGUCAUGAAGACAAAAGAUCCUCAGCGCCUGUUCCGGUUUCCCAGAGAGCACCUUGAGGACCUGUGUCUGCGACUGCAGGAGGAGAACAGUCUGCUGAGGCAACACACACGAACACAGGAGCAGAGACUACGCAGGGUGUCCACGAGACUAAUGCGUCUUCGUCAGGCCCGUCCUGGGUCGGCUGGUGUGAAGGAGAGGGACAUGGAGGACACCAUACAGGAGCUGGAAGCGCAUGUGGCGAUGCUGGAGAGCCAGAAAGGGGUGCUACAGAACAAACUCAGCCUGGCCAAGCAGCACAUCAUGGACCUGGGGGGACGCACACCUUACAAGUUCAGCAAAGGUAAAAGUAUGGAAGUGGAGGGCGCAGUCAGGAGGGCAGCCCAGACAGCCCCUGCCCGAUAUGGCCCCAUGAUGGAAGACAACAGGGCAGAGAUGGAGAGAUUCAGGUCCAGUGUGACAGAGCAGGUGAAGGUGGCAGAGCUGGAGCUCACUGCCCAGACCCUCAGAGACACACUGAGAGACAAAGAGAAGGAGAUGGAGGGAACCGUUAAAGAGAUGAGGAAGCAGCAGGCCGACAGACACAGAAUAACUAUCAGAGAGAAUGUGGAUCUGAUUCGUCUACAAAAUCAGCUUUCAAACAAGAGCACCACCCUGAGAGUUACGCAGGAGAAGUUCAACGACUUGCAAGAAGCAUAUGAGAAUCAGCUAGAGGAGAGUCAGAGGUCGCUGAAGGAAAGCCAGGGAGCUCUGCUGGAGAAAGUUGAGGAGCUCACUGAACAGCUGAAGCAGGAGAAACAGAGCGCGCUGGCACUGCAGGGACAACUUACCACUGCUGCCCUGUCUCUGCAGGGCCUGGACAAGCUACAGGAGAGGAUAUCAGACCUGGAGGGGGAGAGGGACACAAUAAAAGAAAACUACGACACUCUCCUAGAGAGUACUUUAUCUGCCCAAAGCAACCCCGACGGCCAUGUGGAAAAACGUAGCAAAUUGGACCGGAAUAGUGAGGACGUGGGGCAAAGCAUCUGCAGGCUGGACAUCCAGAGACUGGAAGAAAUACUGCAAGCGGAGAGGGAGGAGAGAGACAGACUGGAGCGGGAGAAAGAGAAACUGAGACAAGAGAAGGAGAUAUUAGAAGAGCAAAGAGACCGAGAAAGAGGGUUUUCGGGGGUGACGCGAGACGAACGGGAGCAUCUAGAACAGGAGGUUCUCCAGUACAGAGAGCAAGUCUCUGCUCUGCAGGACAGACUGGACUCUGUCACUAAGGAGUUUGACAUGAGUGCUGAGGAUCUCAGUGAAACUCUUUUGCAGAUCAAGGCAUUUAGGAUGCAGCAGGAGAGCAGGGAGGGUCUGAGUUUCCUCUGUGCCGACGGGAAGGUGGAGGAUAUGCCCCGUGAGCUGGUAAACAUCCAGGCAACACAUGCAGAGACUGUGCUGGAGUUACAGAAAACCAGAAACCUUCUACUGGUGGAGCACCAGAUCAGUAAAGACCUGAAGGAAGAGUUGAAAACAGUCGGUCAGAAGAUUGAGAGAGAGAGGGAGGAGAGCAGGAAGAGGAUGGCAGAGAAAGACAAGCUUUUAUCCAAAAGAGCUCUUCAGAUCAACACUUUGCAAGCCCAGUUGAAAGAGCUGGCAUACAGCCCCAGGAACUACAAUCGGACUAUACCAGUACAGUACACCUGGCCAGCUGGAGAUCAGGAGGUGGUACAGCUCAUUGAAGACGACAUGUGUUUUUCUCAGCUAAGGGGCGGGGAGUCGCUGCUGGAGAUCCACCUCAAGGCUGCAACAUUCACCCCAGCAGGGCUUCGGGUUAUGGGCAGGAUCAGUGCAGGGGUGGACAGUGGUGAGGACAUUGUGACUUUCUGCACCUACAGCCUGUUGGACUUUGAGGUGCAUUCCACUCCUCUAGUGUCAGGCUGUCAGCCCAACUACGGCUUCACGUCACGCUAUGCUCUAACAGCCCGCGACCUGGGCAGGCUGGGAGGUCAGGGGUCGAGGGUCAGAGUGGAGCUCCACCAAGCCUUAGGAGGGGUUCAGUUUGUGACUCAUGGAAGUGGGCAGAUGUCUCUCGUGGGCGCCAUGGAGAGGAGAGGGGAGCGUAUUAAUGGGUGUGUCAACGUCACAGGCCCUGAAGCUGAAAUUGUUGGUGUUGUGGAUUUCUGGGUGCGCCUGUUCCCUGCUGCAGAGCCCAUGGACACUGUCUCAGCCAAACCAGCUGAAAGGAGGACAGCAGCAUGGAGGAGUCCUGUGCACAUCUCUCAUGGCUGGCAAGACAGCGGUUGUGAAGAGUUACAUGACUACGGUGGAGGCAUCCCCAAUCAGUUGGUGGUUAUGUUGGAGCGCUGCGUGGGCCUCGAUGCUCGCUGGCCAGGACUACUUCCUGACGCCUACCUGACUUACAGGUUCUACGACCUGCCGCCUCACGUCUCUCAAACAGUCCAGUGCACGGCUGACCCGGUGUUCAAUGAUACCACCAGCUACCCUCUCGCGGUAACGGCUGAUGUGUUGCACUACAUGAGGUCUAGCAGUCUUUGGGUGUAUGUGUUUGAUGACAGCGAUGAACAGAUGCCACCAGCUUAUCUGGCCAAGACCCCCAUCCCACUGCGAACCCUGGCUACAGGCAGGGAGAUCAGAGGUGACUAUGUUCUGAGGGAUCCAGCCGGUGGACCUCGGGGCAUGGUCAGGGUCAUGAUAAAAUGGAGGUACCCCUUACAGACUCCGGUGGACGACUCGCUGGGUAGACAGGGGAGGCAGGACUCAAAAACAGAAAGCACUGGGAGGGAGGAGAGGAGGAGAGAGGAGGCUGAGGGGCCACAGAAGCCCAUAGCAAAGCCCAGAGUGAAGCCUCAGCCUCCUCCUGGCAAACAGAAAAGCCCACAGAACAUACGACCAGAGCUGAACACCCAUGUGAAACCUCUGGACACACGUCAGUCAAAAGACAGAAAGAGAUCCACCAGGAGGUCGCCUGACCUUCACCAGAGCUCAACCCAUCUGAGACCCGAGCCAAGACUGACCACACCUUCACACGUGGCAGCUCGGACCUCUUCAGAGGGAACUUCUCCCAGACAAUCGCUGGCCACUCUGUCGAGGGGAAGUUCUGCGAGCGAUGCCAGGACUCAGGACCUCCUCUCUGUGGAUCAGCUGUCAGUGGAUGAAGAGGAGGGAAGGAGGGAGAGUGCUGCUGCAGGAGACAGUGAAGCCCCUGAUUCCUCAGAGUCAAGUUCCUCACAAAGCACCUUAAUCAUCAUUCCACCUAAACGCAAAAUAAGAAAGAGAGACAAGCUGAGAGUGGAGAUUCUGUCCCUGACGUUUGAACCAUCCUCACGCGUGGCACUGGACAAGUCGGUGCAGCGCGUGUAUGUGGAAUAUCGGCUGCUGGGUGUCCCCAUGGAGACGACAGAGACGCCCAUGUCCCUUCGCAAACCCACAGAGGGGGAGGAGGUUCACUACAACUUUACACGAGUGAUCUACGUGGAUGGUUCACAGUCUGCUCCACUCAGACAGUAUCUUUAUACCAUGCUGGAGGGCACUGACCCCAACCAGGGCAGGUUACAGUUUACAGUAGUCAGUGAGCCGAUGGACGACGAUGAGGAGUGUGUGGACGUCGGACAUGCAUCUCUUGACCUCCAAGAACUGCUGCUCACAGGAAAUAAUGUUAUUGAGCAACAAAUUGACAUUGUGAGUAUGGAUGAAGACAAGGAGGUGAUAGGAAAUCUGAAAGUGUCUCUAGAAGCAGCAAAAGCUCUGACGGGGAUAUACCAGGAGUUUCACCAGCAAGAUGAGACAAAGGAGGAAGACAAGACAGAAGGAGAAGAAGAGGAGCUGGAGGAGGAUGAGAAGGAGAAGAAGGAAGCGGACGAGCAAGAAGAAGUGACAGAAAAAGAUCAGAUAAAAGUGAUCGAUUAUGACGAUGACAGUGACUUUUAAUGAGAGUGAAAAGAAUGAGAUGAACACAUGAUUGAUAUAAAGAAUUGGUUUUGAAAGGUGGUUGUGGCUGUUCUUUUCAGUU